CGAGCUGCCGCAGGCAGCCUUUGGUACAACAAAAGAUUUUCCUUUUCCUCUACCUGGAGUGUUCACCCUGGCGACGUAGUCGGACUCUCGAUUGGCUUGGAGAAGACUCCCGGCUAGGUGAUCUCUCUAUCAGUAGAUAGGGUCUGUAAUAUUUAAGAUCCUAGGUCUCCAGAUCCUUGCGAGAGAUGGUCUCUGUGUGAACUGUGUUAGCACGUUCGUGACCUAACUGGUGUAGGACACUCUCUGUAUUGAGGAAUAAGUGUAUCUGUACUGAAUAAGAAGCUCUUACUUGUCAAAAGAGUAAGUAAGAGAGUCUAGAAGAAGUGCGAAGAUAACGCAUGAGUAGAGAAGUAGGAAGGUGUACCCCCUUCUACUGGGCUGGCGAAUGAUAGUUAUCAGCGGAAUUUUUGUUUUCCCACCCGCGCCACCAUAUUCCCCUCUUGUAGUGUACCUACCGAGCAGUGUGCGCAGUCCCAUCCCUUCUUGAUUUGGUGAUCUCUCUAUCAGUAGAUAGGGUCUGUAAUAUUUAAGAUCCUAGGUCUCCAGAUCCUUGCGAGAGAUGGUCUCUGUGUGAACUGUGUUAGCACGUUCGUGACCUAACUGGUGUAGGACACUCUCUGUAUUGAGGAAUAAGUGUAUCUGUACUGAAUAAGAAGCUCUUACUUUGGAUAGUACUUGUUCUCUUACUUUCGAUUUUCUUAAUCUUUGUCGAACCAACAAGAAUUCUCCCAACAUCAAUCAAACUGUGUACUAGAAUUCAGAAUUCUCAUUAGCGUGUACCUACAACAGCCCUGUACUUGGAGGUGAUUGAUGCAUUUAGUGAGUCGUGUUUGGAGAAGAUAGUCCUCAAAUUUUUUUUGGAAAAAUUCAAGUCACA